GUCAGAAACAGCCCCGAUUUUCCUGAGCGGUUUACUCGGGCCAAUAGCGGGUUCCCCCAGCUGAUGACUAGUCUGUUGCUAUGCAAGCGGAUACGUCCCAGUUUCUCUCGCAGUUCGAUCGUUCUCCUGCUCGUGUUCGACCCAGUGGGAAAUCAUCGCCUCCAAGGAUUGGUCUGUCCAAAAUAUCUCUCAUAUUACGUUCUUCUGGAGUCCCCCGAAUGUCCUGAUUUCCCAUUUUCCCAAUAGCUAGCACAAUCAGUAUACCUGCCACGGUUCAUUCUUGAGGCCGUUUGAGGAAUGGGCAAAACCAAACCACACCGCUGUGGCUGGAUGUAUAAAAAGGGCGUCGGUCUCAAAGGGGGCGUGCUGAUAUCAUUGACCGUCCUCCCUAUUUUUUGACUUUUGCUUCCUUUUUCUCCCCUUCUGCCUUGUACUUAAUUGUCCAAUUUGACGUCCGUUAAACUUUGGGAUUUGCUUCUUUCUUCUCCAUCCCUCCUCCAUCUCCACACUCUCAGACCUCGUAUAGUAAGUCCAUGAAGGACGGGCAUCUUCGUGGCCAGGACGCCUGGACCGCCGUCGCUGUGCAACGACCCAACCUGGCUCCUUUCACGGCGCAUCACCAUUAUCUGACGCGGCCGAAAUGGUCCAACACCUCAUCCGAUACCAACGUGAACGAUGCAGGCCACAGCGCAAAGCGCGGCUUCCCCGUGUUUAGAAACGAGCACCGCCCCAGCUUGGCAUCAGUUUCAACAGCUGAACAGCCAUUGAUGCGGUCAUCAUCCACGAAUUCUAUCAUCUCGACAUCCCUGCCAACCCCCUCGUCAGAAUGCCAGCGCCCAUUCACCGAGAGAUAUGGCCGCUGUCUCGAAAUCCUGCACUACGGCUCCAACAGCACCGUCCGCCUACACCAGACCAAAAUGUCAACGUACGGUAUCAAAUCAAAACAACUCUACGCCAUCAAAGUCUACCGCUACAACAAUAACAUCGUCGACUCUCCCGAUGCCCUCGCCCGCGCAUCUACCUGCCCAAUAUCCUCCAUUACCAAUCUCCACCCGCAUCACCCAAACAUCCUCGCCAUAACGGACCUCCUCUACAACGAACGCGGCGAACUCUGCCUGGUAAUGCCCUUCUGCGCCGGUGGCGACCUCCACGAACUCGUCUCCCGCGCAGGACCCCUCUCCACUCCCGAAGCAGACUGCAUAAUCGCCCAGAUCCUGCGAGCUUUAUCUUUCCUGCACGAGCACGGCACCGCCCACCGCGAUAUCCGGCUCGAAACCGUACUCCUCACACAACACGGCGCCGUGAAACUGGCCGGCUUCGGCGACGGGCAUAUCAGGCGGAUCUGGAACGAAUGUGCCGUCACCCCGGCACAGAAUGACGGCGAAGACGAAAGUGACACCGCACAUUCCCCGCCUCAUUCCACGCGCUCCUGGUCUUUCUCUUUACCCUGGAUCCUGGCCCCGUUUAGUCAUUCCAGUCCUGCCAAAGGGAAUACGGGGGACACGGAAAAUUCCACGGCUUCGUUCCCCGGUAUGAGUCUACCGUAUACUCCUCCCGAGGGGUUUGCGUAUCGGCCGCGUCGUCGUUCGUCGUGGAGGGAUACUAUCGAGUGCGAUGAGGAUGAGCAUGAAGACGACGAGGAUGAGAUUCGGGAUCCGCGGCCAGCAGACGUUUGGGCUACGGCGGUCAUUUAUCUAGCACUAAUCACUGGUCGUUUGCUUUGGAGGAGUGCAAGGCCGCUUCGGGAGGAUGCGAGGUAUCUGGAGUAUUUGCAUUGCCGACUCGGGGAAGAUGGGUAUCCACCUAUUGAGGCGUUGGGAGAGAGACGCCGCAAUGCUAUCUAUGCAAUGCUACAUCCCAUCGCGCGCAAACGCAUCACCACAAAAGAUAUGUUGCGCUCAGAAUGGUUGCAGAGUGUAUCGAUCUGCGAAGCCGGGGAGAAAGGCUAUUGACAGUCUUGGUUUGAAGUCUCAGGCUAUCAGGCCUAGCGCCUUUUGACGAAUUUAUGAACUACGCAUGUACGGAGUACCAAAUUGGAGUAUCUUAGGAGAUCAGCAUACCUUAGAAAUGGUCAAAGGAGUC